AAAGAAUUCACAAGUCUGAUUCUUUUUCUUAUSAAAGAAACGAAAAUUGCCCACAGGAUGGACACAWUUUACGCGCAGAAAACUCUGRRGGAUUAGCAASAAGCAGGGAGGARUUAGAAARAGAUUUUCACGAGCGACUUCAUUUUGUAACUUCAUGUAAAAAGCCAUURUUCUGUGAUAUAGUGGGUGGUGRGAAGGAAUGGAAGCCGCCUCCUCUUUAUCAACUAAACAAGUACGAGCCCGCAGACGUGCUAGAAGUAACGCUGGACUACAUGGAAAAAGAGCUGAAUAGUUUGAAAUCGCAAGUGAAAACGGUUGAGAACGCUUUUACUGUAAUUCGAGAGAAUACCUUGAGCAUCAGGAAAUGCAUCGGUGACAUUCAAGAAUUGAAACAUUAAAUAUUCAGUACGAACUGUCAGUGCUGUUCGGUCAGCGGUGCGUUAAUCACAUAAUUUUUUCACUGAUUUCCAUGCCUAAUGCCUAUUUAGUUUUCGUUAUUCGUUAUUCUUGUAUGGAUUACUAGUAAGUAAAAUAAAUUGACUUCACAGUGCAAAAAAGAAAAGAUUCUCAAAAAAACUUGCGUUGGUCUUCCUGUGUUGUAGUUUAUACCGCAAUUCACAAGUAUUGCUGACUCAUACUGACGCAGCAAAGAUGGCGGCGGCACAGAAGUGCAUGGAACUCGUGGAAAACAUCUCUAAUUCAUCGGAAAAUGACGCCAAAAGCUAUUUGAAAGACUUGAAUCUCCUUCUUGAUAGCUCCUCUUGUGAUACGCAACAACUAGCUGCAAUUAUUCCCUGUGAAGUUCUCUUUAACUGUCUGAGAUCGUCUAACGAAAAGCAGAACCURCUUUGCAAGAAAAUCUUGAAAAAGGUCCUUCAGUUCGAAAAGCCCGACGCAGUCGUGAUCAAAUACCACGAUUAUGUCAUUGAAGGGAUGAACCACCCUUCGUUUGAGAUACGAGAGCUGUGCUUGAAUGAAAUUGAAAGAUGUUCCAAAACUGUGAAUGGCAUUUUAGCUCUAGUUGACAAAGGGGACUUGUUGGCUUACGUCUGUAGGUGUAUCGCUGACGAGAACCUUAGCUGUGCUCAGCUAGCAUGUAGCACGUUUAAAAAUCUUUCCAAGCACGAGGCAGGACUGGGUGUGAUUUUUCAGCACCAGCUUCAAAGCGAGUUUAACGAGCUCUUUCAAAACAAGGAAGUUAUCCGACUGAGAUUGUAUGAAUUGUUUAUUGACAUGCAAAAUAAYUCUGUUGAGGCUUUCCAGUCAUGCAAAAUAGCAGGGGUGUUUGAAAAAMUAUUGAAAGARUUAGACAGUGAUGAUAUUCUUGUCCAAAUGAACUGCUUUGAGCUGCUUACAAGCCUGGYUAGCUCAAGUGAACAUGGGUUAGUUUAUCUGGAAGAAAAUGGUGUCAUGGCUAGAUUGCACAAUAUGUUGUUAGAAGCAGAAACUAAUCCUUUGAUUGACUUGGUUAUACCAGGUAUCAUCAAGUUCUUUGGUCAUUUAGCACAUGUAAGGCCAUUAGAAGUAGCUCAGAAUUACCCACAAUUCAUACAACAACUCUACACUCAAAUAAAUUGUGGUGAUCUAAGGCUUAUGCCAGUUGCUGUGGAAACCAUUGGGGUUAUAGCAUACUCAGUACCAGGUCUUCAUGCCAUCUUUAACAAUGAAAGAAGAGACAGACACAUAAUGAAAGUGCUCUACAAUCACWUGACAAGUUCAGAAUCAGAUCUUCGAAUACGAUCUCUGGGUACAUUAUCAGCCAUAUUUUACUCCCAGGAAUCCCCUUCUGAGGAYGAGUCCAGUUUUUUAAGGAGGCUGUAUAAUGAUAUGUCCAGAAAACCUCUUGAGGGCAUUUCUACUGUUGCUAAGCAACCAUUUGAAGAGCUUCGUUGUGCUGGUUUGAACUUGAUGAAGUCACUUGCCAAGUUUGAAUGGGCUCAACAGGAAAUGAAAGAUAGUCCAGGUUUCUUGGAGUACCUUCUUGAUCGCAGAACAGAACCAGAAAAGGCUGGCAAAGAACUCAAGUAYGAACUGAUUGUUGARUUAGUCCACUCGCCUUCUUCUAAACAAGUCUUUGAUGCUCCAUAUUUGCUGAAGUUGAGAGAGUAUGAGAGGGAAGGACCUUUCUUUGCCAAGGCUCAAGCUGCUGUUGCUUUUGAAGGAGCUGAUUAAUGACAUGAAGUGUUUUGUAAGRUKCAAAGGAAGAUAAAUAAAAAAGUAAAACAAACAAAAAAUUAAUUCAGGCCACAAUGAUGUCACUAGUKUGGUUGUGUUAUUCAAUUAUAUAUAUGAACAAAGAAACAAUAGAUAGCCCAUAUAGUGCCCCUUCCUUAGGACUUUAGGAAGGGAUGAGCAAGGACUGCUGCAAUAGUUACAAAUAGUACUUAGGAAGAAAUCUUUAUCAGCGUAUGAAAGGAAGAAGUAAAAAAAAAAAAAAAGAAAAC